AUGGCCCCCUCAUCGGCGAGAAGAGCAGCAGUAGAUAGGAGCGUCCUCUCGCGAAGUGCCUCCUUUGAGAAAGUGGUGUUUUUGAUUAUUGAUGCGCUCCGCAGACUGAUCCGCUCCGGUGCAGCCAUGCCUUUUACUAUGAAAACCGGCUCUCCAAGUCUGACUAGGGCAUGCGUCAAGGCCAUGACCAUUGGCUCACCCUCCAUAUUCUUGGACGUUUUUCACAACGCCGAUGACGGACCCGGCACACCCGAAACAACGGAUACGUGGUUAGCGCAAUUGAAGGCUGCUGGAAGGGGAGAACUAGUCUUUUAUGGUGACGACACGUGGAUACAGCUGUUUGCUGAGGUCUUCGAUCGAGGAUGUCCUAUCUCACCGUUGUUUGUGCCGGAUAUUCACUCACCAGACCUGAAUGUGUCCACUAAUGCCAUGAGAGAGCUUCAACGCGAUGAUUGGAGCGCACUGGUCCUUCACUUUCCCGGCAUUGACCACGUCGGUCACAUGGGCGGUGCGGACAGUGAUUUCAUGGCAUCAAAGCAACGUCAAAUGGAUGCUAUUAUCAGAGAGAUUUAUGAAGCUCUCGAGACUGAGGCCCAUCUAGACUCCACACUGUUCGUGGCUGGGGGUGACCAUGGCAUGGAUCGGUGGGGGGGUCAUGGAGGUGCAUCGGAUCCCGAAGUGUCAGCUGCGAUGAUGUUCAUCUCCCCGCAAUUUAAGUUGCUCAAUCGGACCUAUGAAUCACCUGUGGCGCCGACGGUUGGUGCCUUUGACUACUACACUGUCAUCCGUCAGGUCGAUGUUGUACCUACCAUGGCAGGGUUGCUGGGGAUUCCUAUACCCUCCGCUAGCAUUGGUGUCUUCGCUCAUGAACUUCUUGAUCUGUGGAGCGAUAUCAAAGAUCGAGCCAAUCUUGUUCUUGAGAAUCUCAAUCAUCUCAGUGCGUUAUUCUGCAAGUCGGAUACUGGGAUGGAUGUUUGCCAGACCGACCUUGACAGGCAUCAUUUACCACAGGAGCCUCUCAAUGAAAAAAGCCUAGCAGAGCUUUCCCUGAUGAGCAAAAAGUUUCAGAAUGCACUGGACAAUGCGACUAGCGGAAAUAUCCAAGUCUCUAUUCUCCAUUACGGGAUUGCAAUCGCUGUGAUCGCACUCCUCCUUGCCUGUGCUACUUGUAAGUCAACUUUGCCGCUGAACCGGGACUUCUUGGUCUUGAACCUCUUUCAACUUGGCCACAGCCUUGCUUUGCUGUUUCCAUAUCUCGUGGAGGCUGAGCAUCAUUUUUGGUUUUGGAGCUCUACAGUAUGGAUGGGCUGGGUAGUCUUCACUACCGGUUGCCAUUCCUACGCUGUAGGCCUCCGUAGUUUAACCCCCGUUGUCUUACAUUUACUCGCGCAGCGGUGGAAUAUCCAUGACCGGAGUUCACCCGAAGAGGUAUACAGCAUUCUGGGUCUCUUGGAUAGACGUCCCCUUUGUCUCUGGCUUCUGAUUGCGGUGACCCUCCUCCACACCUCCUACACAUUCGCAGCGCAGAGCAGGCGGAACGUCACUCGUGAUGCUGAAGACAACCCACUUCUUGGACUCGCCCACCGAGCAGUACUCCUGUUCAUCUUUGUAUUUAAGUUCGCAUCUGCGGCCCGAAUCCGCCCCGGUCUCAUUGAUCGCGCUCCCGAAUGGCUGCAGGGCAUUAUUCUGGAGCAACUUCCCCUUACGCGGAUCGCACAAUUUGUUUUUGUGAGUCUGGCUAUAGGGCUUGGCUACGUGGCCCUGCGCUCUCAUGCCAGGGACGCGUCGCUGAAGAACGAAAAGGCGACCGAACUUCUCCCUCUGCUGGAAAUCCUGAAUUUAUACUUGAUCAUGCAGACCGUCCCAGCCAAUAUCCCGCUACUUUUCAUUUACCGACUUCAGCUCGAGUGGCUUGUGUCCUCCGCCGUUCACCUCAGCCCCUUUCAAGUUUGCUUCGCCAUCGUCCUAUUCACCCACAGCGCAUUCUUCGCCCUCGGCAAUGCGAACACGAUUGCCGCGCUGCGAUACACCGAGGGAUUCAACGGGCUUCAAGCCCACCACUGGCUGCUGAGCCCCGUGCAUACCUUCUGCAGCAACUACGCUGGUCCGAUCUGGUGGAGUGGUAAUGGAUUACGACUGCUGGUUGCCACCGGGCAGGGAGAACGCAGAAGUCCUAGUGGCUUCUUUGAGCACUUGGGACUCCGGACCCUCUUCGUGGCGUAUGGCCUUCUCGGCGCCAUGGCAGCAUGCUACCUCCGAAGGGAAGAGGCCGUCGUUUGGACCGUCAUGGCGCCUAAGUUUCUGUAUACAGUUCUGUGGACGGUGCCCUUUCACCUGUUAUUUAAUAUGGGCAUGCCGACCGUGCUCUGGGCGGUUGCCCAGUUGUGAGAAAAGGAUGCACCGUGGAACAGGUUGGCUUUUAAUGGUCG